GAAGGGAAACUUUUCUUAGAACUGCAGCACAGCAGCUGCCAUGGCCCUGGCAAAUCCACUGGAAAAGCUUCACGAAGAGGCUGUCUGUUCUAUCUGUCUGGAGUAUAUGAGUGACCCGGUAAGCAUAGACUGUGGACACAAUUUCUGCCAAGUGUGCAUUGCCAAGUACUGCCAGGAGAAAGGGCUCCAUGCAGAUGGGCCCUUUACCUGCCCUCAGUGCCGGGAGGCAUUUCAUAAGGGCAGCUUCAGGCCAAACAAGCAGCUGGCCAACAUUGUGGAAAGCAUCCAGCAGCUGGAGCAGAGGACGGGCAAGGAGCAGGUUGGGGCUCUGUGUGGAAAGCAUGAGGAACGGCUCAAGCUCUUCUGUGAGGAGGAUGGGGAAGCCAUCUGUGUGGUUUGCAGGGAGUCUGUGCAACAUCGGCCACACACCGUCUACCCCAUUGAAGAGGCUGCCCAGGUGUAUAAGAUUAAACUGCAGAAAUCUUUGGAUCAUUUGUCAAAAGAGGUGGAUGAAGUUAAAAAAUCCGAGUCAUUGGAAAGGAUGAAAGCUCAGAAAUGCAAGGCAGGAGAUAGUUAAGAAUAAGCGUGAGAAGAUCGUGACCGAGUUUGGGAAACUGCAUCAGCUGCUGGCUGAAGAGGAGAAGCUG